UGUUAAUGACAUCUCCCUACUGGAAUUUGACGGCGAAAUUGGGUAAUGGUGCUUGUUUUCUCAAUUUGAGGUAUCACCCGUGUAUCUCGUUUGCUGUUCCAUAAUUUAGAAGGGUGAAGAGAAUGUAAAUAUUUCAUUACACUGAUGGUGUAGCCUAUAUCCUACUAUUGCAUCGGGGCAGCCAGAAGCUAGUGCAUCUACAAGAUCGCAGAUCGAGGUGAGGAGAGGAAAAUAGGCUAAAUAGACAGGCAAGUACGCUACUCUGCAAAAAUGAACUUUAGCCAUCUUUGUGAGCUCUUAUGGACAGUCUAUGACGAACAGGACUCCAUUCUACAGCCCUUGUGGGACCACCUGCGGCUGUAUCACUCUGACACCAUCAGGUCUCCGCUCUUCCCAGUGGUGCUGACUGUGUCAUCAUACUUCAUCUUCUGCCUCCCUUACCUGGUCUGUGAUAUAAUGGGUGACAGGUGGCCUGCAGUCCAGCGCUUCAAGAUCCAGCCAAGUAAGAAGCCCACUCCUACCAUGCUGGUCCACUGUGCAGGAGUCACCCUACGUAAUCACCUGCUCCUGGUCUUCCCAGCAGCUGUGGCUCAGUGGGCAUGGCGACCACCAGUUCCCUUGCCUGAACGGGCCCCCGCCCUGCUGGAGCUCGCCGGUGGGGUGGCUGGAAAUCUUCUACUUUUUGACUUGCAGUAUUUUAUUUGGCAUUUCUUGCACCACAAGGUCCGCUGGCUGUAUGUCACCUUCCACGCCAUCCACCAUAACUACAUGGCGCCCUUCGCCCUGGCAACCCAGUGCCUGGGAGGUUGGGAGCUAGUCACUGUAGGCUUCUGGACCACCCUGAAUCCGGUGCUGUUGAGAUGCCACCUGCUCACAAAUUGGGUAUUUAUGGUAGUUCAUGUGUACGUUUCAGUGGAGGAUCAUUGUGGCUAUGAGUUUCCCUGGUGCACAUCGCGUCUUAUGCCAUUUGGUUUCUACGGUGGACCAAACCAGCAUGACGUGCAUCACCAGAAGCCCAACACCAACUUUGCUCCCCACUUCAGCCACUGGGAUAAAUUAUUUGGUACUUAUUUGGAGCUUACCUUUUCAAAAGCUGACCUUAGCUUUUCAAAAUCUUGCUCUUAAACAGAAGAAGUAAAAUGCUGCAUAUCCAUAGUUGUUUACAGUAUAUUCAAAAGGUAAUAAAACUAUCAUUGCGCAUGCAUUUAGUUUGUAUCAUAAAUUAAAUUCUGUUAUAGCUAUCUGCAAAUUAAUUUGUCUGAGAAGUAUGCUUUUGUAACAGUCCUGAUGAAUUUGCAAUAAUACCAAUACAAUGUUCAGUUAAGUCUUAUAUUAUGGCAAUUACCUUAAGAGCUCAAUUCUGUGAGUUGAUUGGAUUCUGUUGCAUGCAUUUUCUGCUGUGGCUUCCUUUAAUGACCAAUGCCAUUUUGAGAACUCUAGAUGGAUGAUGGAUAUAGAAUUCUGUACUAGUCUAUACUAUACCUUUAAUAGUAGCAUGCCAUGAUUAUAUAACUUAUAUGUUAUAAGUAGGCUAGCCUAAUUUGUGUCAGCAUUUUAUGACUAAACUGUAAAAUAGGUUACUGCAAAAAAGUGGGUCUUUUUCAAAAGGUUUACUGGCCACUAGAUGUCAGCAUCGACACCACAAUGUAUGCAGCUAUGAUCAGCUUUGCCUGUGCAAUUUUCUGUACUACCGACUCUGUCUGCUUAAUUAAA